GAUAUGCGGGUGCUUGGAUGGCUUCAAACCCAAGUUCCAGACAAACUGGGACUUUACUGGUCCGACGGAUGCACUAGGAUUAGGCCGUUGAGUUGCAUGAAUGGAGAUGGUUUUCUAGAGCUCAAGGGGGUGAAAUAUCUGGAUAUACUACAGUUUUAUUUAAACACGAGCAUGAGCAUGAGCAUGAGCAUCGGGCAGUGCAGAGAUGUGUGCUUAAGAAAAUGCAACUGCACAGCAUAUGCACAGCCAUACAUAGAUAACGGAGGCAGAGGCUGCUUGAUGUGGUUCGGGGAUCUUAUCGACAUUAGAGUGCUUCCGGGUGCAGAUAAAAAUCAGAAUAUCUACAUUCGCCUGCCGGUUUCUGAACUAGAAUCAAUCCGUAAGUCAGACAACAAGAAGAGGAGGCAUGCAAAGUUAAUAGCAGUAUCGGUUGCUGUGGGAAUUCUGAUAUCUAUCUUAACCUGUGGAGCUAUAGUUAUAGUGAGACGACAGAGGAGAAGAGGAAGAAAAAAUGAGGAUUUAGAGUUACCUCUAUUCAGUUUCGCGACAAUAGCUGCUGCAACAGACAACUUCUCCGAGGAAAGCAGGAUCGAAGGAGGAGGUUUUGGCCCUGUUCACAAGGGAAAAUUAUCAGCGGGCGAAGAAAUAGCAGUCAAGAGGCUGUCGGGAACGUCAAGACAAGGUCUCGAAGAGUUCAAGAACGAGGUUAUUCUGUUUGCUAAACUACAGCAUACCAACCUAGUCAGACUUUUGGGAUGUUGCAUUAAAGAAGAAGAAAGGAUGCUGAUCUACGAGUACCUGCAGAAUAGAAGCCUCGAUUAUCUCCUUUUCGAUCAUAGCAGGAAAACAGAGCUCACGUGGCCUAAUCGGUACAACAUUAUUCUGGGAAUCGCGCGCGGACUAGUCUAUCUCCACCGCGAUUCCAGAUUAAAGAUAAUCCACAGAGAUCUCAAAACGAGCAAUGUUUUACUGGACGAAAAUCUGAAUGCGAAGAUUUCAGAUUUUGGCCUAGCAAGGACUUUAGAAGCGACCAGUUUAUGGCCAGAACUAGAAGAGUUGUCGGGACAUAGUAAGCUCUCUUAUCAUUCUAUUCAUGAAAUCACGAAAUCAAUUAUCUCAUUUCCCAACACGACAACUUUGUUUAGUGGCUACAUGGCACCAGAAUAUGCAAUUGACGGGAUAUUUUCAGUGAAGUCGGACGUCUAUAGCUUUGGAGUCAUGAUACUGGAGAUAGUUGGGGGGAAAAUGAACAGAGGAUUUAACCAUCACGACCAUGAUCAUAUUCUUUUGGGACAUUUAUGAGGAAAACGAUAAGAAAUCAUUCUCUUGCCAUAAAUAACAUAUAAAUCUUUUUUUUAAAUUACACGCGAAUAGCAUUUUUGCAGGCAUGGUUGCUGUGGAAAGAUUGCAAAGUGCUAGAAUUGAUGGAUGAAAGUUUGAUUGAUACCUUUGUUGAACCUCAAGUGAAGCGAUGCAUACAAGUGGGCUUACUUUGUGUCCAGAAGCUCGCAGAAGACAGACCAGCCAUAAUGUUAGGAGUGAAAGGCGGGAGGGAGGAAUUGAGCACGAGUUAUGCUCUUCACUUCGAAACAAUAUGUUGUAAAUGUAGUAAUGAGAGGAACGAUCACUUUGAAUUGAUGGAAUAGUAAAAGAGUAACACUCCUCCUCAGAGGCCUAUGACCAA